AUGCAGGAGGAUCAGGGUGCCAGCCAGAAGUGCAAUCUGAUAUGCCGGCUGCGGAGAGGGUCGGGGACUAAAGGGGAGAAGACCUUGUCCGAGAAGAUACAUGAAGGAAUGCUAUCGGCUUUGCCGAUUGUCCGCCUCCACCUCCGUGAGCCCGGUGCCGAAUUUCUUGGGACGCUCGUUAUGGUGCUGUUUCUGGAAGGAGUUGUCGCUCAAGUGACCAUUUCGGAGAGGAAAUUUGGUUCAUAUCUGUCGAUCAACGUUGUCACGGGCAUCGCUGUGAUGCUGGGCAUGCUGACUGCCGGCCCGGUUACAGGGGCCCAUUUGAAUCCGGCAAUCACUCUCGCCUUUGUGGUAUUCCGGCGCUUUCCUCUUCGAAAGGCUCCUGGAUAUAUUGUCUCUCAGCUUCUGGGCGGCUUUACCGGAGCGGCACUGGUUUAUGCCAACUACAGAAGCGGCAUCGAUUUCGUCGAAGGACAUGAUAUCCGCACCCACACAACAGCAGUCAUCUUCAGCACCUAUCCUCAGCCAUACCUGACCAAAGUCGGUCAGCUAUUCUCCGAGUUUCUAGCAACUUCUUUGUUGAGCGUGGGGAUAUUCUCAAUUUCCAAUACUGGACAUACGCAGGUUGUUCGCGACCUGGCGCCGUUGUGGGUUUGUCUACUCGUCCUUUGCAUCGGCGGCGCCCUUGGACUCGAGACGGGCUACGCCAUGAACAUGGCCAGAGACUUUGCACCUCGUUGCUUUGCAUAUUUUGCCGGUUAUGGACCCGAAGUUUGGACAUACGGGGACAACUAUUGGUGGGUUCCCGUUGUUGCUCCAUUUUGGGGCGCUUUAUUUGGAGGAUUUAUAUAUCAUGCUUUUAUUUAUGAUAGUAUACUACCGGCUAAGUAG